UCACUUUGGUCAUGUUUUAAUGCAUUGGUAGUUUCUUUCCACCAAUGAACAUGUAGGAUAUUGAGCUUGACCUUGAGGUAGUAUCAUGAGGUAGAAGAAAACCCAAUGCCCCUGUUACCAAUGCCCGGGAAGGGACGUUACUUCAUAGUUGCUAUGCUCUAGUAGACGGGGGUUGGUUGUGAGAUUCAGAAGUGUCGUGAGGUUAAGUAAUUCAAGACCUGCAUGAUGAUGAAGACUUCAAGAGUUUCAAGGAGUCAAUAUACCUUUGGGUGGAAUGGUUGCAUCUGGCAGCCUGAUAUUUAUCAUGGUUAUGCCCGAGAAUCCUGGUGUCUACCUAUGAUCAUUCUGACGGAAUGCCACCAGGCUCAAAGAGAUGGAUGGAUACUUGAAGGCCGGAAAGCUUACAUGGGCAACCGCAAGUCAUUAUGGGCUCUGGCUUGGUUGACCCUAGUUGUGACUCUGGUUGGGAUUGAAUGGGCACCGGACAGUGGUCAGAGGAGCUCUUUGGAAGAUCAUGUUUCGAUCGUCCUGUUCUCAAACAAUCUGGAGUGCGAGGACGUAAAGGGAGGGAUCGAAUAUUGCGGGUAAAGUGUACAAACCUUUGUAGAGUGUUAAACUAAUCGAUUAGCCGAGUCCCCGAUUACGGACAUCAUAAGCACCGGAGAUGAUACUAUUAGCCAGUCUCAACACAAUUAAUAUUAAUGAGUGGGUAUUAUUAAUAAUUUUGGGAUAUGAGAAUUGGUUGGCGGAACCAUCUCACUAACAACGAACUGUUGUAGUGAUAUUUCAUUUAACUCCUUUGUUGUAGGGAAAAUCAGCUUUACGCAAAAAGCAUAAACUUAGAGCCACCACCAAGCCAUAUUGCAUAUAGUGAUAGAGUUAUUUUCAUCUGUCUUCGUCUGUGAUCUUGCCGGUACAUUCAAUGUACUGACCUACAUGGCUGCAACAUCACAUGUUGUAGAUAUUUCUACGACAAGAAAGAGUUAUGAUAUAGGGUUACGGUCCACACUCAACUUGGCGUUGGCGUUGAUGGAACUCCACACCCCUAUUGAUAUGUUUUUGUUGUGAUAAUAAGGUAUACUCUGGAUCUACGGUAUUUAUUUUACAUGUGAUGUAAUGGUAUUUCAUCGAAGUACUGUGUGCGCCAGCACACUGAUCCAGGGAUGGCAUAGAAAGCACAGAGACUUGACAGUAUUGUGUCGGGUCGCUACAAUAGGGGAGUCUAGGAGCAUAACCAUUAUUUUUCCAGUUGGGAUUAUAGCCAUUACGAGCAAUAAAAUUCACAUCACUAGUUCCUUCAUUAGUGAUGGCAUUCAAAUUUACCGCUUCUUUACCUCUCAACGCGGAGAUAAGUUCAUCAAGUUUGGCUGUCAACUACGUGCUACUUUCUUCUAUCGUGUUCACCCUCUUGUUGUUGGCCCUUUCAACAUGCCAUUGGGCAUGGUUUUCUUGCAUAUCAUCAAGUAGUUUAUUGACAUCAUCUAUGGGCUUUCCCAUGAUUGUUCCUCCUGCAGCUGUAGCAUGCAUAGUUUUUCACAUGUGAUUUAAACCAUUAUAAAACAUAUGAAUGAUUAACCAAUCCUCCAUCCGAUGAUUAGGGCAAUAUCUCAUAGCUUCUUUCAUUCUAACCCACGCAAGCGCUAGUGGCUCACGUUCUUCCUGCUUGAAACCUGUAAUCUAAAAAUGUAAUUGCAUAAUUUUUGCAGGUGGAGAAAACUUAGAUAAAAAAUUGCUGCAACAAUCAGCCCAAGAAGUAAUACUUCCUCUAGGUAGAGGUAGAAGCCAUUGUUUUGCUUUUCCUCUCAAGGAAAAAGGAAAUAAACACAACGUUAAAGCACGAGGAUCAUAAUCUAUAAUGUGUAUCAUGUUGCACAAUUCAGUAAAAUUAUGCAAGUGCAUACCGGCAUCUUCAGAAGUAGAUUCCCCAAAUUGGUCCUAUUACCGGCAUCUUCAGAAGUAGAUCCCCCAAAUUGGUCCUAUUGAGCCAUUGGAACUAAGUAUGGUUUGAUCUUGUACUCAACGGCUGCAACCUCAGGUUGUGCUAUUGUUUCACGCAUGAAGUUGUUGCUGGGAGUAGCAAAACUUCCAAGAUUAUGAGCCAUGGUAAUCCUUUUGGUUUUUUCAACUAACAAGACUUGCAACAAAAAUAAAAUUGAAACUAAAAACAAAAACUGAAAGUUAACUUUAACAAAAAAUCUAAACACAAAGACUAGGAAUACUAAACUCCUCCCCAACAACGGCGCCAGAAAAAGGGCUUGAUACCUCCUUUUACUGAUCCACUAAUGGAACAGAACAGUGUAUCCCGCACCUAUUUCCCGAGAGGUGGCCCUGGGUUAUCGAACCCACGAGAGGAAGAUUCUCUUGAAGCGUUGGUCUCUAGCAAGUUAUUGUUAAAAGGAUCAAUUCCAGCUUUUGACUGAAUAAUGAAGCAGACAAUGAUUCAAACACUUAUAAUAAAAAGAGGUACGGGUAUGAGGUCUUAAUGCUUACAACCAUGCAUCUGUGUUGGGACCAGAUAUGGUCUUAAUUUGUGCGUUGGAAGUCACCCAUCGGAUGUGCUGUUACGAACCGAAGUGGGGGAUAUGUCAUAACAUCUUGACUGGCACGAGUCCCGCAUCAAGAAUCAGUUGUCCUACCACAUGCCCUAUCCGUCGCGCGGGGUUGCCUCGAUAAUUAUGAUAAUAAAUCUGACAAGAGCUUUGGGCAUUUAAUGACUACACCUCAUGAAUCCCGAAGGAUAGGAUCCGUGUUACCCUACUGAAUCUUACUUUCACCGGUGUUCUGUAUAACACUUCACCUUCUCCUUGCUCCUAGGCUUACCAUGGCUCGAUCUCCAUGAUCCUGGGUACCUGCAUGGACGAAGAUCGUGGACAAGACAUGACACAUCUAUGGAACAAUUUUAUUUCACACAUAGGGGAUGUUAAUUCAAAGCCCUUCCAUUGUUCCCCACAACAAAUACAGAGGGUUGCAAGGCCUAUGCCUCAACCCAUACUUUACCGAACUACUCACACAUGGAUAUCAGAUCGCGAGAAACAAACAUUGAAGAACACAUCUUGAAGGUUGAUUGAUUGCAAAUAUGUCUUACAAUGGAUGCCUUGUGUGAUGCACGAUUACAAGUAUGAACUAGAUGAGGAAGCACUAUGGUGGUGAUGGUGGCUACGGAGGUGGAAAUGGCGGCGACUAGGGUUUCUGGAUGAAGAUGAAGAUGACUCUAUUCUGGCUUCGUUCGAUGCUCCCCUAUUGACAUUUCAGUAGGGUCCAUUUUAUUAAAGUUGUUUAGGUGGACGAUCUGCCUCGAAAUCCACGCCAUACGAUUGCUCAUACAAGUGCGUGUGGUCGUAUGGCACACCGUCUUUUGUGAUGUUUCUUCUGGCAGGCCUCCUGUUGAUUCCUUCUUUCUUCCUUUCCAUUCCUUUCCAUGUUCACGCAUGAUUUCUUCCCUUUUUAGCCCAUAUCCUGUGGAAACACAUCAAAGAUAGGAUUUGUGGAAUUCUUUGCGUUCAUUAGUCACUGGUAGCAAUAUCGAUGCGAAUAUCUCUUUUUAAAUGAAAUAUCUCAGUUUAGACUAGGAUGACUGAGUGUAAAAAUAUCACGUAUCACCUCUCUGUCCCAUGAUGAUUCAAUCUUGAGGCCUUUUUCGAAGCUCUACCGGAGGGUGAAUUCUUCACGGUGGCCAUCUCCGGCAACUUGAAGGCCACUAUGAUGACCUAUGAGAAGUUUCCUUUGGACUAUGGGUCCAUAGCAGUAGCUAGUUGGUUUUCUCUUUCAUGUUUCUCAAUACAAAGAUCACAUGAGCUCCCCCACAUGAUUGUGAUCCUCUGAUGUAUUCUUGUGGUGUGUUUGUUAGGAUAUGAUGAAUUAUGAGUUUAUGAUCUGAUUUAUCCAUGAAUCUUUUUGAGAUCUAUUUGAUUUCUUUGCUGCAUAAUUCUUAUUCAUAUAUGUUCUCCAAUCUAUUUAUCUUUCGCUAGCCAAGUUUGAGGUUUGAUCUCUAAGAGGGAGUUGUGUAUGAUAGUUGGGUUCAACAUUGCAAGUAAUCUGCCAUAGUGACAGAAAGUGGAAAAGGGCUAUAGUGGGUUGUUGCCACUAGGGAUUAAAAGAUGGCUGCAUAGUUGUCCUUUGAACGUAGGGUGAAGACAAGAUACCAUCUACUUCAUGUCAUCAUGCUUAUUGCAAUACUCCCUUUUUACUUAAUACUUUAAGAUGCAUGUUCGAUAGCGGUCUUGGGUGGAGUACUAGCUAUAGGUGCAGUUGGAUAAUGGUCUAUAAAUAUUGAGACGUGAUGCUCAUAUGUUGAUUAUGCGAGGGAUAGACAUAGUUAUAAAAGCUACAAUUUACUCGAUGCUCAAGUGCAUCUUAUUUGCCAUGCUUUCUUUUGGAGACAAACCACUAGUGAACCUCUGGAUCCUGGUCUGUCUUUUUUCUAUAAACUUUCAAUCUCAAUCAAUGCUCUUUUAAUUUCUUGUCUUUACUUUACUUGCCAUAAAAUCCAACUUUUUUUCUGUUGUCAUUUCUUCUUUUAGUCCUUGUAACUGGGAAUGCUGGUGAGACUGGCAACAUCACUAGUUCUGUUGGGGGCUAAGGCAGUUUGUACCUGGGUGUGCAAGUGUUGAUCACUGAUUGUGUUACUAAGCUCCUGUUGGUUCGAUAAACCUUGAGCUCACAUAAGGGAACUUGUUGUUUGCUACAAACCCUUGCACUUGGUGGCCCAACACCUUUCCAGUUGAGAGGAAGCAACCAUUUUUCUAGCGCCGUUGGCAGGGAGCUUUCUUCACAGCCAUAGGUCCUACACUUCUUUACUUUACUUGUUUUCUAUUCUGCUUAGUUACUUUCUAUUGUUUGUUAUUUAGCUUUUUUGCUUUUCAAGAAUCCUAAAAAACACAAACAUAUUUAAGGUUCCGCUUAGUUCCUUCCUUAGAUGGCCUUGAAAAACGUCAGGGUAGGAGGUAGAGAUCUUAUAGGGAGAGAUAAUUUAGAAAGUUACUUUGGUCAUAUUAGUGGUUUGAGAGAUAUCCCAGACAAAUCAAUAGUUGAAUUAACCUCUAGCUAUAAUGAUGUCAUAAUAAUGAUAGUUCAAGGACUAAGCUAAGUUUGUUAAGUUGAAUCCCAUUAUUCAGCAAAUGAUCAUUCCACUGCACAAUAUGUGGAGAGUGGAGAAUAUAGGGAUUUUGUCUUGAAAUAUGUUUGGGAUGAUUCUUCUCAGGGAUGUUUGGUGUAUACAAAUAAAGAACUGUAUGGUUGUAAUGAAAUGUUGCAACACGUUUUGCCUCUUUUUUUACGUGCUCUAUGAUAAAAUGUUGCGACAAUGUGACAAGCGUAUCAAAAAAAAAUUGCACGUGUUUUUGCUGCAAAGACCAGACGCUUGAAAAUCCAACGUUUUAUUAGAUCGGAUAGCUGUGGUUGGGUGAAAUUAUCAACCGGCUCACGCAUAGCACUACGAACAUAGAAAAUGGAGUCUAUGGAUACACUUUUGCCCCAAAAUGCAGCUCUAGCGUCACAAGAGGAGGACAAGAUUACCACCACCAAACCUAGCCGAGGAGAGAGAUCAGAUAAAAAACUAUUCUCUCCUCUUCCUAAAUUUGGCAAUGCCUUCUUCAGCCACCCCUCCACCCCACGGCUUCCCCUCACAACCCCACGAAUCCAGCUCCAAGUUUGCAUGCAUUCUAACCGUUUUUCCACCCAACAAAGCAAUCCUUUCUGGUUGCUGCGAAUUGCAUCCCCCCCUCCCCAUCAUGGCAACACGAAUGAGACCUUCUGUAAUUUUCUUCCAUCGGCCUCUUUGAUGAUCUUUCUUGGCGUAUGAUAUGAAGCAUCAAUUCCAUUGCUUGGCACUUGAAGCACUCGGCAAACUCGCCAGAGAAAUUUUCCAAAGAAGAAGCCUCCCAUGAUGGAAGACGACGGCAUGGAUUUCAGCCCUCAGAAAAACAGUAAUGAUUUCGACCGCGACAGCUUCGAAGACGAUGAAUUCAUCGAAAUUCAAUCUGCAACCUCGAAAGCACCUGCUCACUCGCAAGGCCCUCCUGAUAGGAAACCAAAGCCCAAGAACAAGCCAGCUCAGAUCGAGAAACCUAGCCCGGCCAAUCUGCACCACGUCUCUACAAUGAGCCCGGGGCUGCCCCACUCCCAAACAUCCGAAACAAGCGCAACGAGCGCGAACAAUUCCGAAACCGUCGUCGGCAAUGGCAGCUUGGAGAGCAGCCGUAUCACCCGGAGCAACAGCCUAGAGAGCAGCAUCAGCUCGGCCUCGGCGUCGGCGUCGUCGGCGAACGUGAAGCGGCACACUGGCGGGGACAGCCGGUGGGAGGCGAUCCAGCAGGCGACGGCCCAGGAGACGGCUCUCAACCUGGGCCACUUCCGGCUGCUGAAGCGGCUGGGCUACGGCGACAUCGGCAGCGUGUACCUGGUGGAGCUCCGCGGCACGUCAGCCUUCUUCGCGAUGAAGGUGAUGGACAAGGCGUCGCUCAUCAGCCGGAACAAGAUGGCCCGCGCGCAGACGGAGCGCGAGAUCCUCGUCCUCCUCGACCACCCCUUCCUCCCCACGCUCUACACCCACUUCGAGACCGACAAGUUCCACUGUCUCGUCAUGGAGUACUGCAGCGGCGGCAACCUCCACUCCCUCCGCCAGAAGCAGCCGGCCAAACAUUUCACCGAGCAGGCCGCCAGGUUUUACACCGCCGAGAUACUGCUUGCCAUGGAGUACUUGCACAUGCUGGGGAUCGUUUACAGAGACUUGAAGCCGGAGAACGUGCUGGUCAGGGAGGACGGCCACAUCAUGCUGUCGGACUUCGACUUGUCGCUGCGGUGCUCCGUCAGCCCCACGCUCGUCAAGUCGUCUUCGGUACACAACACCAGCGGGAACGUCGGCGCCGGCGUAGGCGGCAUUGGCUCGGCCGGCGAGGGCGGCGAAGGAUUGGGUCCCAACCAGGGUUGCAUCCAGCCGUCGUCCUUCUUCCCGCGCAUCCUGCCGCGCCGCAGCCGGAAGGCGUCCAAGAGCGAGGUGAACCUCAACGCGGCGGCCGCGGUGGAGUUCAACGCGGAGCCGUCGGACGCGCGCUCCAUGUCGUUCGUGGGCACGCACGAGUACCUUGCCCCGGAGAUCAUCCGCGGCGAGGGCCACGGCAGCGCCGUGGACUGGUGGACGCUGGGAAUCUUCCUCUACGAGCUGCUGCACGGCACCACGCCCUUCAAGGGCGCCGGCAACCGCGCCACGCUCUGCAACGUCAUCGAGCAGCCGCUGCGGUUCCCCUCCGACUUCGGGGGGCCCGCCGGCGGCGCCAGUGCCGUCGCACGGGACCUCAUCCGCGGGCUGCUCGUCAAGGAGCCACAGAAGCGAAUUGCGUUCACGAGGGGCGCCACGGAGAUCAAGCAGCACCCGUUCUUCGAGGGCGUCAACUGGGCGUUGGUGAGGAGUAUGGCGCCUCCGUCGGUGCCGGAGCCAGUGGACUACCGGCAGUACGCAGCUGCCACCGGCAAGGAGAAGAAUGCAGCAGAGAGCGCAACCGCCAAGUCGAGCACCGGGGAAGCUCAAAGCGAUUUCGAGUAUUUCUAGGAUGGGUGAGACUGGCUUUAGAUCGUUUGACUUCUGAUCCAACUUCUAAGAUAUACGUAUAUGCUUCACGCACUGAAGCACUAAUCAAUAUGGAAAGUAUGUAGUGUUUUUUUUUCCUUUUUUGAGAGAGAAGUGGUUUUGACGUUCUGUCAGCUUGUUGUAAUCAUUUCCUUCUUCAACACGAUUGUUGUAUGUAUAAUUUCUUUCAAACAAAAAGUGCUGCAUGUCAUUUAUA